AUGGGACUACUGCUGACUGUGCUGCUGCUACUGCAAGGUGUUGGAGGGCAGCAAUAUGUGUUCCCCAAAGCAGGAUGGGCUGCCACUCUGCCCUGUGCUAAUGUGGUGGACAGAUUCCCAAAGUGUUCAUCUACUACAUGGAUCUACAACAGUCACAGAGAGGCUUUUGUUGAGGAAGUCACCAUGGGGAAGAUCAGACCAAACAACACACACAGAGCUGAGAGACUGAGUCUCCUCCCUGACUGUUCUCUCCACAUCACUGAUGUCACCACUGAGGACGCUGGACAAUACACCUGUCGGCAGUAUGAGGGUGGAAGACAAAUUGGAGGCGAUGCUACGGUUGAACUCUCUGUUCUGACCAUUUCCUUAUCUAGGACAGAGGCAAAUGGUGUUGUGACCCUGCACUGCCUCCUGCACACCGACUAUAAUACGUGUGAGAAUGCAAUGCACAAAAGAGAUCUGAGCUGGGUGGGUGAAGGAGGAGUGGAGCUGCAGAACACCAACAGCCUCCAGAUUAGAAGAGUAUCUUCCUGUCACAUCACACUGACUAUGGAGCUCAGAGCACCAAACCCUGGUCACACUCAGAGGACCUGGACCUGCCAGCUGACUGCAGGAGGGCGGGUUCAGACUUCUGUCUCCCACACCAUCAGAGUGCCUGUGGUACCAACUAGAAUCCCUGUAGUGACAGCCCCAGAACCAACCACACCAGCAACAGCACCACCACCAUCUCUGUAUAUGUGCGUGUAUGUGAGUGUGUGUGUCUUCCCAGAUGUAGUUCUGAUUGCUGGAGUUGCCGUCUCUGUUUCUCUGCUGUCUGCUGCACUGCUGGUGGUUGUGGUGAUACACAAGAGAAGGACAAAUGCAAGAAAAGAACACAGAUCGAAGCAGUCUAAGGACACUGUGACCUACAGCGCCACAGAGCAUUUCAGAAGCAGAGUAGUGGACCCUGAUGCUGUGUGCACAGAUGUCCAGAAGCAGAACCGUAAGCAGAACCGGACCAAUGCUAAGAUGGACUCUGAGGACACUGUGACCUACAGCGCCAUUAAGCUGCACAGCAGCAGAACAGUGGGCCCUGAUACUGUGUAUGCAACUACCCAGAAGGAUGCCAUGAUACAACAUUAA